GGAUGUUUGAUCGUGAAGGAAAGCAUGCAUCCGACAUGCUGUUGUUGCCUUAAACCCGAAGGGAUACCUGAAAGCAGCGAAGAACUUCUUAUAUAUAACAGAUACAUGUCGGAAGUCCUCGUUGCAUACAGGAGGAACUGAUAAAGAUUUUCCCAUGGGACGGAGCAGCAGAAAUUCAGAGGGGUGGAAAUGUUCAGAAAAAGACCUCCUCCAGCUGCUGCGCACGUGCCUCCGUCGCUACGCGCGUGCCGACUGCUGCGUACGCAGAGUAAUGUAAACGAAACGACGGUGGACAACAUGACUAUCCCGAAAGACAUCCCGGAGAAGUGGUUUCCAAUCAUUCUCCCUCUGAAAAGGAAGAAAGAGGGAUUAUCCAGCUCUACAAUAAUAAGAAAAGGAGCAGAGGAGGAAAGGAGAGUCCGAGCCAAUGAUCGAGAGUACAAUGAGAAGUUUCAGUAUGCUAGCAAUUGCAUCAUGACCUCAAAGUACAACGUCAUCACCUUCCUACCAGUCAACCUGUUUGAGCAGUUCCAAGAAGUUGCUAACACCUACUUCUUGUUUCUCCUAAUACUACAGUUGAUUCCACAGAUUUCUUCGUUGUCCUGGUUCACCACCAUUGUGCCUUUAGUGCUGGUGUUGAGCAUCACUGCAGUCAAAGAUGCCACUGAUGACUAUUUUCGUCACAAGAGUGACAACCAGGUGAAUAACCGUCAGUCUCAGGUCCUCAUUAGUGGCAUUCUUCAGAAAGAGAAAUGGAUGAAUGUCAGAGUGGGUGACAUCAUCAAACUGGAGAACAAUCAAUUUGUGGCAGCUGACCUGCUGCUGUUGUCCAGUAGUGAACCUCAUGGUCUGUGUUACAUUGAGACUGCAGAACUGGAUGGCGAGACAAACAUGAAGGUGCGUCAGUCUCUGUCUGUUACCUCAGAGUUGGGAGAUCCUAAUAAUCUGGCACAGUUUAAUGGAGAAGUGGUAUGUGAGCCUCCCAACAACAAGCUAGAUCGUUUCUGUGGGACUUUGUAUUGGAAAGACUGUAAAUACCCUCUUAGCAACCAAAACAUGCUGCUCCGCGGCUGCGUACUGCGCAACACAGAGAGCUGCUACGGCCUAGUUAUAUUCGCAGGUCCUGACACCAAGCUGAUGCAAAAUAGUGGCUGCACCAAGUUCAAGCGGACCAGUAUAGACCGGCUGAUGAACACACUGGUGCUAUGGAUUUUUUGGUUCCUAGUGUGUAUGGGAGUGAUCUUGGCCAUAGGGAAUGCGGUCUGGGAAAAGGAGGUGGGCUCUCUGUUUCAGAGUUUCCUCCCAUGGGACCCUCCUGUCGACAACUUCCUGUUCUCUGCGUUCCUCUCAUUCUGGUCCUAUGUCAUCAUCCUCAACACAGUUGUGCCCAUCUCCCUCUACGUCAGUGUGGAGGUGAUUCGUUUAGGUCACAGUUACUUCAUUAAUUGGGACCGGCGCAUGUUCUGUAGCCAUAGUAACACUGCAGCAGAGGCCAGAACCACUACACUAAAUGAAGAGCUGGGACAGGUGGAGUACAUCUUCAGUGACAAGACAGGAACUCUCACGCAGAACAUUAUGACCUUCAACAAGUGCUCCAUCAAUGGCCAUGCAUAUGGUGAAGUAAUCGAUAUCCUAGGGUCUCAACAAAAGAGAUCACAGCCCCUGGACUUCAGUGCGUGGAACCCAUUAGCAGACCGGGACUUCUGUUUCUAUGACCAGUCUCUGCUCGAGGCAGUAAUGGUGGGAGAACCGGCAGUGCAUGAAUUCUUCCGAGUGCUGUCUCUCUGCCACACGGUCAUGAGUGAGGAAAAGUGCGAGGGAGAGCUAUUGUAUAAGGCUCAGUCUCCAGAUGAGGGGGCGCUGGUAAUGGCUGCACGUAACUUUGGCUUUGUGUUUCGCUCUCGCACACCGGGUACAGUCACCACACAAGAGCUCGGCAAAGAGGUCACAUACACACUUCUUGCCAUCCUGGACUUCAAUAACAUCCGAAAAAGAAUGUCUGUCAUAGUGAGGAAUCCAGUGGGUCGUAUCCGUCUGUACUGUAAAGGGGCAGACACUGUGCUUUUCGAGAGGCUUCACUCUUGCAACCAGGAGCUGACGAAUAUCACUUCAGAUCAUCUUAAUGAGUAUGCGGUUGACGGGUUGCGGACACUUGCUGUGGCAUAUCGUGAUCUGUCUGAGGAGCAGUGGGAGGAGUGGGCGGAGCAUUACCGUGACGCUGAUAAAUCCACAGACUGCCGGGAGGACCGGCUGGCUGCUGCCUAUGAGGAGAUCGAACAGGACAUGAUGUUGCUAGGGGCAACAGCUAUAGAAGAUAAAUUGCAGGAGGGGGUUCCUGAGACCAUUGCCAUUCUCUCAUUGGCUAACAUUAAGAUCUGGGUGCUAACUGGAGACAAGCAGGAGACUGCAGUGAAUAUUGGUUAUUCCUGUAAAAUGCUGACAGAAGAUAUGACAGAGAUCUUUAUUGUUAAUGGACACACUGUACAAAGUGUGCGGGAGGAACUGAGAAAAGCAAGAGAGCGAAUGUUGGAGUCGGCACGCACCAGAGACGAAGGGAAGGAGGCUGAAGCUCAGGGGUGGGGUGGUGCGUGUGCUCAUGGAAAUGGCUUUGGAGGUGGUGGUGCUGCUAACUGUAUGCCUGAUGAGGCCAAAUGCCCCCCUCCUCAGGCCCUGCCUUCCUCCUUGCUGGAGUCAGUCAAUGGAGAGUUUGCCCUCAUCAUCAGUGGACACAGCUUGGCUCAUGCAUUGGAAGCGGAUAUGGAGCGUGAAUUUUUGGAGACUGCUUGUGCUUGUCGAGCAGUAAUUUGCUGCAGAGUGACUCCUCUUCAGAAAGCUCUGGUGGUAGAGCUGGUUAAACGCCGUAAGAAGGCCGUCACACUUGCCAUCGGAGAUGGAGCCAAUGAUGUCAGCAUGAUAAAGAUGGCUCAUAUUGGUGUGGGUAUCAGUGGUCAGGAGGGGAUCCAGGCCGUGCUGUCAUCAGAUUACUCUUUUUCCCAGUUCCGCUUCCUGCAGCGACUUUUGCUGGUGCAUGGACGUUGGUCCUACCUUCGCAUGUGCCGUUUUCUCUGUUACUUCUUCUACAAGAAUUUUGCCUUCACUAUGGUGCACUUCUGGUUUGGAUUCUUCUGUGGAUUCUCAGCACAGACUGUCUACGACCAGUAUUUCAUCACUCUCUACAAUAUUGUGUACACAUCCCUGCCUGUGUUAGCAAUGGGCAUCUUUGAUCAGGAUGUUCCUGAACAGAGAAGUCUUGAGUAUCCAAAGCUGUAUGAGCCAGGCCAGCUGAACCUGCUGUUUAACAAACGAGAGUUCUUCAUCUGCAUCGCACAAGGAAUCUACACCUCAGUUGUUCUGUUCUUCAUUCCAUAUGGCGUUCUCUCUCAUGCCACACAAAGUAAUGGAGUUCCCUUGGCAGACUACCAAACCUUUGCUGUAACUACAGCAACAGCCCUUGUCAUAGUCGUCAGCGUACAAAUUGCUCUGGACACGGGUUAUUGGACAGCUAUAAAUCACUUCUUUAUAUGGGGCUCUUUGGGAACCUAUUUCACUAUCCUUUUUGCUAUGCACUCCAGCAUCCUGUUCAACAUCUUCCCGAAGCAGUUCCAUUUCCUUGGAAGUGCACACAACACACUAGGGCAGCCGGUGGUGUGGUUAACUAUUGCUCUGGCUACAGUCAUCUGUAUUGCUCCAGUCCUCGCCUUCCGCUUCCUCAAACUGGACCUAAAACCUCAGCUCUCAGAUACUGUGCGCUACACUCAACUGGUGCAGAAGAAGAGGAAGCCCGGUGGGCGUGCAGGCCUUGGAGUUGGUGGGGCUGGAGCAGCUGGUGGCAGUGCUCUGGGUCGUCUGGGGAGAGGUGGCUCUCGACGCUCUGGUUAUGCGUUUGCGCAUCAGGAAGGCUUUGGCGAGCUGAUCACGUCGGGAAAGAAUAUGCGCCUGAGCUCGUUGGCUCUUGCCACAUUUGCCUCCCGCCACAGCAGUAGCUGGAUUGACAGUCUUCGCAAGAAAAAACAUGCAAGCAAUAGUGGUGCACAUACGCUGACAACUGGAGAUGGCAGUAAUGUCUCCUCUCAAACCACACUUGUUUCCAAUUCCUCCUCAGUGAUUGGUCCUCAGGGCACAACCCCAGGGGAGACACGACAACCAUGUAAUGAAACUGGCCUCACUUGUAGCCUUGAUGACAUUUCUCUCAGCAUGGUUAGGUGUACAGAAAGAGAGGCUGGAGGAUGUAGUACUGGAACUGUGCAGGAAACUUUGUUUGUGUGGAGGGGACCUGGAUCCCGAAUAAGUGGGACCAGCAGCCCUGUACCGCCCCCCAUUGCAGAGGAAAGGUCUAGUGGCGAUUGAGAAAAGAUGACUAAAGGUGGAUCAACCAACUGGACUUCUUUUUGUGGAUGCUUCCACCUUCUGGUGUUUGUUUGGUCAUGUUUCUGUGUGAGAAGAUGACCAGUGAAGACAGCACCUAAAAGCUUGGGAGUAAAGACAUGCUCAAAUUAAAAUACAUACAGAAAAAAAAUCCAGAUUCAGUGGAAAAACUGUGCACACAGGCAAUACAAAGAGGGUUUGUUGUCACAUUCCCCUGUAUUGUAUACAUUCUCUCAUAUCUUGUCAGUAAGUUUAACUUAUUUGAGGUUAUUUGAGCUAUUUAUGGCUGAAAGAGAAUUUUCUGUUCUAGCCAACUUGUUCAAAUAACAAACUACUAAAUAACAUGACAUGGGUAAUAAUACCACAUACCUCCCUGUCCAUGUAGCUGAUGUUAAUUGACCUCAUAUGCAAAAUUAUAUUUUUGGUUAAAUUUACAUUUUUUAAUUUAUAUGUGUACAUUUAUAUUUAUUUUGGAUAGAAAGCAAGAAAAAAAGAAAACAAAGAUCCCAAAUUCAUUACAGUACAUAAAAUUAUAGCCUUUUCUGUCUCAUAUUUUACCUCAAAUAUGUUAAUACUUAUGCAUUUCUACUUAUUAGUUAAGUAAAUGCCCUACAGUAUCAUACUCAGUCAUGUCAAUUAAUUCAAAGGGAGUAGUCCUGCACUCUAAAAACAAUAUUUUAUUUUGCCUUUUAGUUAUCAUAACUUAAAAUGUAGAGUUAGAAUAACUGCCCUGGAAUGAUCUUGUUGUGUUAACUCAAUUAUCCAAGUUUUUGUUGGAUAAACUUGUGAUAAAUUAUUGAACUUAGAAAAACUAUUUCGCUGAAUUAAAAAUAUAAGUCAAGAGAACUACGUACAUCACGCUCAGAUAUUUGGAUUCCUAGCAUGCACUGAGUGCGGCAUGAAUAAAUUAUGCAAACAUUAUUACUGUCAUCAUUUUAUUUACAUUUUUACUGUUUCCAGCUUUUAUUUUUGCUGUUGGUUUUUGUGUUUGUUGUCACUUUCAGUAAUUUGUCAUUCAAAGCUCAUCUUUUUACUCAAUGAUGUGUUUGAUGAUUGUCACCAUCAUUGUGAUUUGCGUGUAAAGUGUUGAGCCUCAUGUGUGUCUCCUUGACAAGCUUAAAUCUAAAUAUGAUAUUGGAAUCAGAUGUUGUUCUCUGAUUAUCGGCUGGUCAUUUACCAUCAAAUUGCAGUUUAUUGACAAUUGGAUAGCCCUAACUACUUCUACAGUUAUCAAUAAUAUUAAAAGCUAAUUUAAUUCUAUAUUUGGUUGGAAAUGAACUUGAAUGAAAUUUAUUGAACUUAGACAGUCAAGUCUGUUUUACUUAAAAGGACAUUACGUUAUAUUGAUUUAAGUCAACUUUAUGUUGUUUAAAUAACAUUAAGUUGACACACCUUAAAACAUUUUAAGAAGAACAAACACUUUUUAAGUUAAAAAAAAUUUUUACAGUGUGUAUUUUAUAUUCAUCUUUUGAAAUCUCAGUGAGUCAAGGGAUUUCUUUAUAUACAGUACAUAUGACAAGCAUUUUUCUUCUUUUUUUAAUCUCUGUCACCCUUUCUCUAAUGAUGUAAGAUCUUUUUCAACAUAUUGUUCUGCAUAUUGAGUCAAAAUACUUAUUUUUAUCUGUUUGAUGCUCAGCAGUUGUUUAGCUUGUUGACUUUAUCUUUAAUGAUAAUCUCUUCAAAUUGUGCUGAUACAUGAUGAUAAUAUAUGGAAUGGUCAGCCGAGAAGUGAAUAUUCCCAUAUUCCCAAUAUCCCCCAGAAAAACACUAUCGUUCUCAGUGAGAACAUGACUCUACCCAACUGGAUGAAACCCUUCUUUCCUCAUCCCUCUCUUUUCACCAUAUUGGUGCUCUGCCCCUGACUGUCUAUCUUGAUUACAAGCUGGUUGACUGGAAGUCCAAUGAGUUCAAACCUGAAACUGCUCUGCUAAAUCUUAGAGGGACUAGCCAUUGGAGAAGGGAGUGUGUUUGGACUUUUUUUGAAGAUUCACAUAAUAGUUACCAAAUGGAUUCCACCUUGACUGUCUUAAUUUGUAAUGUGGCCUUCACCAGUAUUUUAAUUUAUUUUGCGUGUAUUUUAUUGUGAAUGAGAGAGAUCCGAUGAAGACAUUUGAAAAGCUAAUUAACUCAUUGUUACUUGCCAUGCGCUCUAAUAGUUAGACCUAGCUCUUAUAUUGUGCAAAGGCGGUAACAGUAAUAUGCCUUAAAAGAGUUUGUGUUAUUUUUUUAAAUGUGUACAUAUUUUCAUCCACCGCAUAAAAGUAUAUUGCAAUAAGAGAUUUAAAGUCAUCUCAAAAUGUUAUGGGUAUCUCUUACAGUUUCUGUUAAUGGUAAAGUCCUGUGUUGUAAACAGUAGGUGACCCUGCUGUUGUGACUGGGCCAAAUGAAAAUGGAAAUAUAUAAUUAAAUGA